CUCUUUGGCAUACUUGCCUCGUGAUUGCUGUUAAUCAAGAGGGAUAAACUAACGUACUUGCUAACUGUCCCGGUGGCGAUACGUCGAAAAUGGAGCGCUUUGUUUCAUCUGUGACACGCCUCACAGCAGAGCUUGUGCAGAAUCAGCAAACAAAUUCCAGCGAGGUGAUUGACAUGAUCUUCUCUGAAGUGUCAGCUCUCAAGGAUGAUGUGAAAAUUGUGGAUCCACAGCUUGAAGAGUGUGCCAUCCAAUUGUGGAACUGGGCUGUUACUAAGAAUGUGGGUGACUCCAUCAGUAUAAAUCAUAAAGCUAAAGCACGCCAUGCUGCAUGCAGUCUGCUGUACUGCAGUGAGCCUGUUAAUCUAACAGAGGGCGCCAUCCGCAAGCAGAUCAUGGUGAGCACCUGUGACAGCUUUAAAAAAAAAAAAAUAAGUCUCACAACUCUUAUUGUCAGUGUUUGUUCCUUACAGAUGGCCAGUAGAACUGGAAGGACCUGGCUGGACUGCAGGAAUCCCCAGAUUGCGGAUAAUUUCCUCAGGCUCGCUGUCAAGAGCCUGGAAACUCUGUACAACCAGCUGACAUCCAGAGGCCACGACACACUGGACAUUGACUCAUCCAAAAUGGAUGUAGAGAAAGACCUGCUCCGGAUCCUCUCCUUUCAGGCAGAAUCGGCUAUUAUUCAAGGGAGAAACCAAGAGGCUGUGGCCCAUGUGCAACGUUGCAAAGACAUGCUGCAGCGGCUACCGACGCAAACAACCUUCUUGUCCCUAAAGUGCUACAACUUCGGAAUCGACACUUACCACCAUCAGAAAUUUGAAGAGAGCACCUUCUGGUUACGGGAGAGCUAUGAUAUCAGCAAGAUUCAUGUGGAAUAUGCCCCUGAAUUGAAGGUCCAGGCAAAGGUUUUGCGUCUCCUGGCCACUGCUUAUUUCGAGUGGGAUUCUAAGAGGUUUCACAAGGAGGCCCUUAGUGCUGUUGACAUGGCCAACAAGAAAUGUGUGAGCGCCACUGGGCUGUACUUGAAGUUCAGAAUACUCCUGAGAUGUGGGGCCUCUGACGAAAGCAUCAGAUCAGGUCUGGAUGAGAUGCUGAAAUCUCAGGUUUCCCUUGACGUUUGUCUGAGUACAGUGAAGCUUCUCAUGUCUGAAGACAGAGAAGUGCCGGCAUUUGAGCUUUUGAAACGUGCAAGUCAGCAGUUUGAGUCAUCACCCGACCUGGGAACCGCUCUUGUUCUGCACAUUGAGCUCCUGCUGAAGAGAGGCAAAGAGCUGCUGGGCAAGCAGAAGAUAGAGGACGUCAUCACCGUACAUUACACUGGCAAACAGCUGGCACCGCAGGACCUCACAACCCUCCAUGCCAUGUUGUGGGAUAAAGCAUCUGAAUAUGUUGAGGCAACAGACUACUCUGAGGCGCUGCAUUGGUACAACUACUCUCUGAGGUUCUUUAAGGCUGGAGAGAUAGACUCCAACUUGGCCAAACUGCAGAGAAACAGAAGUUCCUGCUUCAUGCACCUGAAGCAGCUGGAAAAGGCCAAAGAAGCUAUUAACGAGGCAGAGCGCUGCGAUCCUGACAGCAUUUUCACACAUUUCAGUGUUUACAAGAUAGCGGUAUAUGAGAAUGAUGUGGAGAGAGCUGCAAAGGCAGUGAACAUGAUGGCACAUCUGUCUAAGGGUCUCGAAGCCACUGGGCCUGUGUCUGAGAAGGCCACCUCCAACCUCCUCUGCCUAGCCGCUCAGAUCGCCUUGGAGAACAAACAGCAGGACAUGGCCAUUAAGUUACUGGAAGGUUUGUGUGAAACCAGCAAAGACGAAGCUUUGGUUCUCAUGGCUCUCAGGUGCCUGGUUCGACUCAUGCUCCCCACCAUAGAAACAUCCACUGAUGAGAAAAGUCUGGAUAUGCUGCUGCCUUAUUUAAAGAUGGCGCUGAAGAAGCUUUCACAGUGGCUGUGCUUGACAGUGGAGCAGUGCACGGAGGAAGCCAACUGGUUCAGGAAGAUCGCUUGGAACUCAGCACUGCUGUGUGAGAGGAACCCUGACAGAAUGCGGGAUUUCUUUGUGCUCUCUUACCAGCUGUCCCAGAUGUGUCGUCCUGAUCGCACCAUUCUUAUGGCUCAGAAGACGUGUCUGCUCAUGGCCGUGGCCGCUGCUCUCGAGUUCUGCCGAUCUUCUCCUUCAGUCGACCGUACAAAGGAUCUCAGUCAGGCUCUGGAGCACAUUGCGUUAUGUGCAGAGUUGUGGAAAACCCUAAAGGCAACAGGAAGCUUCCCGAAGGACCCAACAGACACGCUGCUGCUGCUCUACGAGUUUGCGGCACGCGCCCAACUCAACGACCCCAAGGUGACGAGCGUGCUGGAGUCCAUCCUAGAGCAGGACAACGUGGAGGCCAAAGUGCUGGAGACCAUCGCUGGAUUAGCCACAGAGCCUCCAGCUCAUUUCCCUCUGCUAAGCAAGAAGGCCCUGAGGGUGGCGCUGUCCGUGCACAAGAAACAACCUCAGGUGGACCUGGCGCAGUACAGCAAGUGCAUCCACAGCCUCAUCAAGCUCUCCCUGCCCAGCGGCGCGUCCCACAUGGAGGCGCGCCUGCUGCACGAGGCGUGGGACUACUAUGAGGAGGCGCUGGCCGUCAUCGCCGCUGCUCCGGGCAGCCUCCCGGAGAUGCAGAUCCUGUGGCUGCUGACCCGUGCCUGGAACACGGGCAUCCUGCUGUACAGCCUGGCGCGCUACGUGGAGGCGGAGAAGUGGUGCAGCCUCGCCAUGAGCUUCGUGCGCCACCUGGGACCCCUGCAAGAAAGCUACAAGACGCAGAUGUCCAAUCUCUACAGCAAAAUCCUGGAUCGUCUGGAUAGAGCAAAGAGCAACACCUCAAUAAAGGAAGAAUAAGCACACUGGGGGGCAGAUUGAUUUUCAUGUCCGUAAUGUAUGCCGCCUGUUCAGAAUUUAGUGUAGGGCAAUUCUUUUCCAUUAUAUUGCACAUAUGUUGUUCAACAUGUAUUCCUUGUUGCACUACACCAGAGGUGGGCAAAUUUUUGCUCUCUACGGCCACGUUUGGUGUUUAAAAGUGUGUUGGUGUUGACAGAUGGGCCUUCUUUAUUAUAAUUUUUUUAAUUAAUUUUCUAAUUUAUCAUUUAACUUUAAUCACCCCCCUUAUGUUUGUGUUUGUGGUACACCAAAAGUGUUCAUGGGUCAAUGUGAGCUGCUUUGUGUUUAAUUAGUUUUUAUUUUUAAAUAAUUGUUUCUGUGAAUAUUGGAAAAUUGCAUAAAUAUGAGAACAAUUUGCACAAAAAUGAUGUGUAUAAAUUUGACAUUUCCGCUGAGUGCAUGAUGUCACUUCUAGGUCAAUAUAUUUAAUAUACCAAGAAAAUUAAAAUAAUAAUUAAAAAAAAAAAAAAAGUCUAUAACGUCUAAGGCUUUUAGUUUGAAGGCCUGACUUUUGACAGGAAGUGUUACGCAGAUGUUGUCUGAGUGUUGCCACGAGUUGUUAAUAAAAGCUUGCAUUGUGGAAUACGCCUUGUCAUCUGUUGAACCCUAUUUACGCAAUAUGACAGAAAGUUCUGAGUGCCAGCUAUUUGAAAAGCUGAGAAAAAUCAUACAAUUCAAUAAAGAACUCAGAAAAUG